GCCGAGCCUCGCUCCCGGGUGCAGCGGGUGAGAAGCGGGAGAAGCCAGUGUCAGUCCCGAGGCCGACGGUGCCCUGCGUCCCCACAGAAGCAGCUUCGGUGCGCGUUAGGCGCCGCGGGGAACGGAUCCGCGCCACCCGGGGCUGCUCCAGAGAGCCUCCGGCACACUGAGGAGAGGCGGCAGCUCGAGACUUGGUGAACGGCCGUGAAUGGAUCAGCCCUUUCAGCCUGAGCUAGAGGGUCUCAACAAACUGUGGGGGCCAUCAUGCCUCAGCAGCUUCUGAUCACCCUGUCCAGUGAGGCCAGCACCUGGGUGAAGACCAAGGAGGGUGCAUCCCCGAGGGAGGAUGUGACGAAAAUGCUUGAAGGAGAAGCUCCAAUAUCCCAUGAUACUGAUGGGAGUCAACGAGAACGUUUAUCACAAGGUGUGACCCCUAGCAUCCUUGCAACAGAAUCACAGGAAUCAUUGACUUUCAAAGAUGUAGCUGUGGACUUAUCCCCGGAGGAGUGGGGACAGCUGACUCCUGCAUACCGGGAUUUGUAUCGGGAGGUGAUGCUUGAGAACUACAGAAACCUGGUGUCAGUGGGAUACCAACUUUCCAAGCCUAGUGUGAUCUCCCAGUUGGAGAAAGGAGAAGGACCAUGGAUGGCAGAGAGUCAAGGCCCAGAGGACCCCAUGAUCGGUGUGAAGAAUAAACUACAAACCAAGGAGUCAACUGCAGAGAAUGACAUUCCCCCUAAGUUCGGUCAUGGCAUCAUGGUGGAAAGGCUCACAGAGGACGAUGUCACUUGUUCUACAUUGAAGAAAGCCUCCAGCUACAGUGGUACACUAGAAAGGCACCAGGGAAUCCGUGGAAAAGGUGGGAGGCAAGCUGUUUUGACUCACAAAAAGGGAUGCCAAGAAGCAAACAAAUUUGGGGAAAACCUUGAGGGUUCCAAUGUUAUUUUAGAACAGAAGCACCAUAAAUACAACCUGGGUAAGAGGAGAAACAAAUAUAAGUUAGAUUCAACUGAUGAUCCAAUGAGCUGCCUAGGAGCCAGAAUGUAUGGAUGUAAUAUAUGUGAAAAAAUGUUCAAACAACCCAUUCACCUUACAGAGCACAUGAGAAUUCACACCGGUGAGAAACCCUUCAGAUGUCAGGAAUGUGGAAGGGCCUUUAGUCAGAGCGCAUCGCUAAAUACACACCAGAGAAUCCACACUGGCGAGAAACCCUUUGAAUGUGAGGAGUGCGGCAAAGCCUUCCGGCAUCGCUCAUCGCUCAACCAGCAUCAUAGAAUUCACACUGGAGAGAAACCAUUCGUCUGUGACAAAUGUCAGAAAGCCUUCAGCCAGAACAUCAGCUUGGUCCAACAUUUGAGGACACAUUCUGGAGAGAAACCGUUUAGCUGCAACGAGUGUGGGAAAACUUUCCGGCAGAUUAGACACCUUAGUGAGCACGUAAGAAUUCACACUGGGGAGAAGCCCUAUGCCUGCACUUCGUGCUGUAAAACGUUUAGUCACAGAGCAUAUCUCACACAUCACCAGCGGAUCCACACCGGCGAGAGGCCCUACAAAUGUAAGGAAUGUGGGAAAGCCUUUAGGCAGAGGAUACACCUUAGCAACCAUAAAACUGUUCAUACGGGAGUGAAAGCAUAUGAGUGUAACCGGUGUGGGAAAGCCUACCGGCACGAUUCAUCCUUUAAGAAACACCAGAGACAUCACACUGGCGAAAAACCUUAUGAAUGUAAUGAAUGUGGAAAGUCCUUCAGCUAUAACUCGUCCCUGAGCAGACACUAUAAAAUACACAAGAGGAACUCUUCUCCAGAUAAUGUUUAAAAAAUGAUACAGGACAUGAGAACAAAAGGCAAAUUGGUGAGUCUAAGCUUUAAAAUUUCAGGACUCAAAUUUGAGAAACUGAUAAGAACAGUGAGAACUUUUAAUUUUGCCAGUAGCAUACACAAACACUACAUUGAUUACUAUUGUCUGACACUUUUGCAAAAUGAUAAAUUCAGCAUUAUGAAAAAUUCACAAUUAUUUUUUCUCAUUUCAUGAUAGAUUAAUAAAUUAUUUCUUGAUGGA